AUGUCGAGCAUACCGACAGCGCCCGGAAAUGUUGGAUUUCCGCAGGCGUACGGUCAAAAUCAGCAAUACCAACACGUCCAACAAUUCAAUCAGUUUGCACAACCACCCGCAGCUGCUCCAUAUAAUGCAGGUCCGAACUAUCCUGCCAACUCCUUCCCUUUUCCGUCAGCGACGACUUCUCAUGAACCGGUGAAACCUUCUGUGCCAUCUCAAAUUCCCAACGGUGCAAGCAAGUAUCCAGUUAAUCAGGUCCCUAACUACGCAGCAGCUCCCCCAGCUUUUCCUGCUGCUCCAACAGGGUUUCCUCAGCAACAACCAGUAUUCUCACCCGCUACUCAUCUUGGUUUGAAUGGACAUUCAGCGCCGACUCCUCCAAUCCCUCCUCCUGUUCUGCCACCUUCAAAUCCAGUUAAUUCUCCUGCAGCAAGCUCUCAACCACCUAUUCCUUCUGCGUUUGCGUCUGCUCGUCCUGCUCCAUUUCCUGCUGCCCGCGCCUCCCCGGCGCCAGCUACAGCUUCUUAUCAACAACAAAUGGCACCUCGACCUAACGCGCCAAGUGGUUACCAACCACCUCAACAACCCGGAUAUCCUCCAGCCCCACAGCAGCCGGGAUAUACACCUCAACCACAAUCAUCAGGGUAUCCUCAACAACAUCAACAGCAAUAUGGUCAGUCUCAGGUUCCACAACCACAAAUGCAAAACUUGAAUCAACAGUUUGAUCAAAUGAAGUUGGGUGGUGCGAUAGGUCCACAGACUCAAAUGAGUGGUUACCGCAAUGAUAUAAUUGACCUGAUAGCUGAAAGAAACAUUCAACAAAUGGGAUUUGAAGACAUCGUAGUGCAGAUUCCACAGUCAGUAGCGGAGCCCAAUGCCCAUGUCGAUCCAAACAUUUUCCGUUCAACUCUCGUUCAAGUCCCUCAAACUGAAGAGUUACUCAAAAAAAGUCGCCUUCCUUUUGCAAUAACCCUUCAUCCGUUCCGCGACGUCAAAAAUCUCAAUAUAAUACAAUGCGCAAAUAUUGUUCGUUGCCGAUAUUGUCGUACUUACAUCAAUCCGUAUGUCUACUUACCUGAUCAUCGGCAUUGGAAGUGCAAUCUCUGCAACAGGAACAAUGAUCUUCCUGACGAUUUCUGCUGGGAUCCAACGACGAAAGCUUUUGGCGACCCACGAAACAGACCUGAGAUUCAAAAUGCCACCGUCGAGUUUAUUGCACCAUCUGAAUACAUGCUCCGUCCACCCCAACCUGCCGUUUAUGUGUUUGUUAUUGAUAUCAGUGCUGCAGCUAUCCAAUCUGGUUAUUUGCAUACACUUUCUGAGCAGCUCUUAAUCAAUUUGGAUCAAAUGCCAGGAGACGAACGUGCUCAAAUUUGCUUCAUUGCUGUGGACCAGUGUUUGCACUUCUUCUCUUUCUCAAGCAAUAAAAGGUAUCCUAACGAAAUGAUUGUGGACGAUAUUGAUGAUGCCUUUGUCCCAUCGGUUACUUCAUUAUUAGUACCAAUGAAGAAAUACAAGGAUACUAUCCGAUCAUUCAUAAAGCAACUUCCCGAAUUUUACUCACAAGUAUCACCAACAUCGAAUGGGAACUGUCUCGGAUCGGCAUUGAAACUCGCUCAAACAAUGAUUCAAGAGAUCGGAGGAAGAAUAUCAAUUUUCCAAGUCAGCUUACCUAACUUGGGAUUAGGAGCAUUGAAAAGUAGAGAGGAAUCAACAGAAGGCGGACAAAAUUUGGGACCAGCAACUGAUUUCUACAAAGCACUAUCGCUAGAAUGUACUAGUUUCCAGAUAUGUCUGGAUUUAUUCAUGUUCAACACGCAGUAUGCUGAUUUAGCGACACUUUCCGAGGUCGCGAAGUUCUCUACCGGAUGCGUUUACCAUUUCCCUAACUAUAGUUAUCGAAACGAUAUUCAUCAAGUCAAACGAUUCGAAAGGACACUCACAAGAUAUUUGACAAGAAAACUGGGAUUCGAAGCUGUUCUCCGUAUCCGUACAUCUCGUGGUCUUGCUCUUACUGGAUUCUAUGGAAACUUCUUCGUUCGCUCUCCGGAUCUUUUAGCUUUAGCCAACGUGAAUCCUGAUUCUGCUCUUGCUGCUCAAGUUACUAUCGAAGAAAAACUGGCACAAUACGUGUGCUUCCAGUCAGCUCUUCUUUACACAUCGAGUAAAGGCGAUCGUCGUAUUAGAGUUCAUACAAUGUGCUUGCCUACAACUGGUGACUUGCUUCAACUUUAUAACAACUUCGAUCUGAAAGCCACUGUAUCGUAUUUGGCUAAAAUUGGAGUGGAGCGAUCAAUGACUGGAAGUGCUCUUGCUGACUCUAGAGAAGCACUUGUAAAUGCAGUUGUUGACAGUAUUGGUGCAUACCAAAAAGCUGUAUCUCGUGGGAGCGGAAUGCUGGUUCCACGUUGUGGACAUCUUCGGCUCUUCCCAAGUUAUGUGCUCGCUAUGCUCAAACAUCCCGCGUUUUCUUCUGUGCGAGGUAUCCGUCUCGACGAACGUGCUGGCGCGAUGUUGAUGAUGCGGUCAAGUCCAUUGGAGCAAAUUCUCUCUGAUAUUUAUCCACGUUUGUAUCGCCUCAAUGAGCUCGCAACAAUGCCAGAAGAUCAGUUACCUUCUCCGUUGCCUCUUUCAUUCGAACAUAUCAGUCGAGGCGGCGUGUAUCUGAUGAUUACGGGAACGAUCGCGUUUGUAUAUGUAGCAGCAUCAGCAGAUCCUGGAUUCUUGGUGAAUGUGUUUGGAACAUCAAUAUAUAAUGAUAUUGAUGAAUACUCGCUAUUAGAAAGAGACAACGACUUAUCAAGAAGAGUACAUUCUUUCUUCAAACAAGUCACACAGUUCAGGUUCUAUCUCGGCCCCAUGAUAACCAUAAAAGAGCACUCUCCUCUUCGAGACGUUUUUGUUCGGAGACUCGUCGACGAUCGGUCAGAAUCAACACAUUCCUAUGUAGAAUUCCUGCAACAUCUGAAACGAGAGAUCAGUGGUAACUAG